AUGCUCCAAAAGGCAGCAUAUGACGAGUCGCCAUACACUCUCCUCAUUCUCGACUCUGAAGUCAGGGACACCCACCAUGUUUCCUCCUCCUCAUCCUCCCCCUCCUGCUCCUCCUCCUACGAUAACUGUGCUGUCUCCUCCGCCAACUGUGCGAAGCUGCUGCGCCGCAUCAAGGAGCAGAAUCUGCUCCAUCAGGACAACACCGGAUGCCGAAUUUCAGAAGGAAACUGCAGUAGUAGCGGUGCUGUGCAAGAGAUGGAGGAUUUCACUGGGCGCUCCGAGUCCCCUGUGCCUGCUUGGCUGUUCUCUGGGGAGCAGGAAAGGGCAGCAGCAAUAGAAGAAGAGCCUGAUGCCAGUGUGCUCUCUUCAGGAACAGGUGGAAAUGCCCCAGCAAAAAGACUGGGUGAGAGUUCUGGUCCGGAUGAGCUGCAGUCAGCUCAAAGGGUGGAUUCACAAACAGCCACAGCUGACAGUGGAGGAGUGAUGCAGCUGCAGAGAUGCGGCCGGGCACAGGCUUCCUGCUCUGCUGCUGACGGGUGUCGACCCAAGUCUUGCGAAGAGGACUUGGCGCUGCCUGUGGUGUUGCUGACACCAGGAGGUCCUGACGACAAGCUCUUGUGUAAGGAACUCGGGGUGCAACUCUAUCUACCCAAGCCUGUGAAGAGGAAAGUGCUUCUGCGAAGAGUCAAGCAGGCCUUGAAGCUCCCCCUGCAGGACGGGCUCUAUGCCUCAAAUUCAAGUGCUUCAGAGGAGGCAUCGGCAUCAGCAGCGGCUGAGAGGAGUCUCAAGGUCCUGGUUGCAGAAGACAACAUUGUCAACCAGCGGGUAGCCAUGACCCUGCUGCGCAAGUGGGGGCAUGAGGCGGUUCUGGCCAGUGAUGGUGAAGAAGCCCUGGAGAAGGUUCAGACAGGAGUGUUUGAUGUGAUACUAAUGGAUGUGA